GCUGAUCUAGACAGACCUUCAGCUGCACUUCUUAGAGUGGAUUCACGCCUUUACAGGACUUACUCUGUUUGCAGUUUUUCUCAUUUGGAUACAACAUUUUAUUAUACUAAACAUGCCUGUGUCCCGAAUGCGCAUGCGACCCUGGCUGGAGGGCAAAAUCGACUCCAACACCAUCGCUGGACUCAUGUGGGUCAACAAGGAGGAGAAGAUGUUCUCCAUCCCGUGGAAACACGCGGCUCGGCACGGCUGGCAGGUGGAUAAAGAUGCCUGUCUGUUCAAGCAGUGGGCCAUUCACACAGGUAAAUACAAGGAGGGAGAGACCCAGCCCGACCCCAAGACCUGGAAAGCCAACUUCCGCUGUGCCAUGAACUCGCUCCCCGACAUCGAAGAGGUGAAGGACAAGAGCAUCAACAAAGGCUGCGGCGCGGUGAGAGUCUACCGCAUGCUGGCCGCCAUCACCAAGAAGAAAGUCAAGAGAUCCAGGAGCCGCGACAGCCGCAAACGCAAGAUCAAGACGGAGGACGCCGACGUUUACAAGAUGCACUCAGAAAUGACCCAGGAGAACACCAUCAACAGCACCGUCAAUCUAAGCACCGCCAGCCCCUCCGAAGACACCCCUGCAUACGAGGUGGAGAUCGCCAACUGUCCUGAAGACCUGUACAUCAGCAAGUUCCAGGUGUCUCCGGUGCACUCCACAGACCUGGAGGAGAACGAAGCCAUCAUUGAGAUCUCACGGCAAUUGGAACAUGACAGCACGCAGUGGCUGCAGAGCAAUUUCUUUACAAAGGGGUUCCUGGCCAAUGAAGCAGGCACAACAGAAUCUCUGAGUCCAGAGAGCCAGUGGAGCGAAAGCUCAGGAGAGGAGCUGGAGUUCCGGCUCUACACUGAACUGACCCCAGACCUGUGUGACGACUCUCUCUGCACCUACACCGAGCUAAUGAACAGCAGCUCCAUGCCACAGACCAUGUGUCCUCUCUGAGAGCGCCGCCUCGCUCCUCGGACAAUGUCUCACGCACAUCUUCUCACUCAUGGACAAUGGACUCCGAUCCACACAAUGGCUCAUACCUCAUAUGUCUCGUUCGUUCAUACGUCUGGAUUCUGCUGAUCCUCGCGGGACAGACGGGUGCUCUUCAGAAACGCUUUCUCUCUAGGAUCUUCCAGAAGUGAAACUAGACGCCGGCUCAUGGCUUUCGCUCCUCUUGUGCAGCUCUGUGACCGUGUAACCUCAUGCAAUGUGAACUGGAGCGACUCCGUUAUGUGCUCAUCAUGGCAGGGGUUUCCUCACCGAUAGGGUAUAUAUAUAUAUAUAUAUAUAUAUAUAUUCAUUUUACACAUUUAUCAGAUGAGAGUUUGGGAAGGGGUUCUACACUGUACAUACUGUAAAUAUUUA